CCGGUUUACGUACAAACCGGCUGGUAUCAUCCCAGAGAUUGCUCCGAUGGCAGAGAACCCUUGACGAUCAAAAGAAAGCCGUCUUCCCUCCUCAGACUCCGUCUCUCCCCCCAUCCUUUCUCUCUCCAACAUCUCGAAAUCUCUUCACUCAUUUCUCCGUCGCGUCUAAUCCCCGCGAACCCGUUAGAGUGUUUCUGCAUCUAAUGAACUCCCAAACAAUGAGAUUUGAUCUAAUAUGAGAUCACAAAUGUUCCUUCGAUCAGUCAUUCAGUUCUAUUCAAAGCGUCCCUACACUUCCAGCACCACCGAAUUCAACAUCUCUAGCGAAGUCAUCACCAUCUUAUCCAAGACGAAACCCAUAGAGCCAGCUUUGGAGCCGCUCGUCCCCUUCCUAUCUCACAAAACCAUCACAUCGGUGAUCAAAGAUCAUCUCAAUCCGCAAUUAGGUUUCCGUUUCUUCAUAUGGGCUUCGAGGAGAGAGCGUCUAAGGAGCAAAGAGUCUUUCUCUCUGCUCAUCGAUAUGUUAUCUAAAGAGAACGGAUGCGAUCUGUACUGGCAAACACUGGAGGAGCUUAAAUCAAGCGGCGUCUCCGUCGAUUCGUACUGCUUCCUCGUCCUGAUCUCGGCUUAUGCGAAUAUGGGUUCGGCGGAGAAGGCGGUGGAGUCCUUUGGGAGGAUGAAGGAGUUCGAUUGCAGACCCGAUGUGUUCACGUACAACGCGGUGUUGCGAGUCAUGAUGAGGAAAGAAGUCUUCUUUAUGCUUGCUUUCGCUGUCUACAACGAGAUGCUGAAGUGUAACUGCGCCCCGAAUCGGUAUACCUUUGGUGUUUUGAUGGAUGGGUUGUAUAAGAAAGGGAGAAUGAACGAUGCACAGAAGAUGUUCGACGAUAUGACGGCGAGAGGGAUUCUUCCUGAUAGAGUUACUUAUACGAUUCUUAUCUCGGGUUUGUGUCAGAGAGGGAGUGUUGAAGACGCACGGAAGCUGUUCCACGAGAUGAAAGAGGCUGGUGAGGCUCCUGAUUCUGUUGCGUGCAAUGCUUUGCUUGAUGGGUUUUGUAAGUUAGGUAGAAUGGUUGAGGCGUUUGAGCUGUUGCGGAUGUUUGAGAAAGAUGGUUUUGUGCUUGGUCUCCGAGGUUGCAGUAGUUUGAUCGAUGGAUUGUUUAGAGGUGGGAGAUACGAUGAGGGGUUUGAGUUGUAUGAGAUUAUGCUUAAGAAGAAUAUCAAGCCUGAUGUUGUUUUGUGCACGAUACUGAUUCAAAGGUUAUCCAAAGCAGGGAAGAUUGAGGAUGCGUUGAAGCUGUUAAGCAGCAUGCCGAGUCAAGGUAUUCCCCCAGAUACUUACUGCUACAAUGCUGUUAUAAAGGCUCUAUGUGAGCAGGGGCUUUUGGAAGAGGCUCGGUCUCUUCAUCUCCAGAUGUCGGAAACGGAAUCCUUCCCUGAUGAGUUCACGCACACGAUCUUGAUUUGUAGUAUGUGCAGGAAUGGGCUAGUUAGGAAAGCUGAAGAAAUUUUCAAGGAGAUUGAGAAGAGAGGCUGUUCUCCAUCGGUUGCUACUUUUAACGCUUUGAUCGAUGGACUAUGCAAGUCCGGUGAGCUCAAGGAAGCUAGGCUUUUGCUGCAUAAAAUGGAAGUAGGGAGACCUGCUUCCUUGUUUCUACGGCUUUCGCAUAGUGGAAACCGGAGUUUCGACACCAUGGUUGAGUCCGGUUCGAUUCUCAAGGCGUACAAGGACCUUGCGCAUCUUGCUGAUGCUGGGAACUCGCCUGACAUUGUAACUUACAACGUUCUGAUAAACGGGUUCUGCAAAGCGGGAAACAUUGACGGUGCUCUCAAGCUUCUCAAUGUGCUUCAGCUAAAGGGUUUAUCCCCUGACAGCGUCACUUACAACACUCUCAUCAACGGACUACACAGAGUUGGCAGAGAAGAAGAAGCUUUUAAACUCUUUUACGCGAAAGAUGACUUCAGACACAGUCCAGCCGUUUACAAAUCGCUCAUGACAUGGUCAUGUCGGAAAAGAAAGAUCACGGUGGCUGUUAGUCUAUGGAUGAAAUACUUAAAGAAGAUAUCUUGUCUUGACGAUGAAACAGCUAAUGAGAUUGAACAGUGUUUCAAGGCAGGGGAAACCGAGAGAGCUUUAAGACGGCUAAUCGAAUUGGAUACCAGAAGAGAAGAGUUCAGUUUCGAACCUUACACCAUAUGGCUGAUAGGGUUAUGCCAAGCAGGGAGGUUUCAGGAGGCCUUAAUGGUGUUUUCGGUUUUAAGGGAGAAGAAGAUCCUCGUCACGCCUCCGAGCUGUGUCAAACUGAUUCAUGGACUCUGCAAAAGAGAACAACUUGAUGCAGCGGUUGAUGUGUUCGCGUACACUCUGGAUAACAACUUCAAGCUGAUGCCUAGAGUGUGCAACUACCUCCUAAGCUCUCUCCUGCAAACCAGAGACAGAAUUGAGAUUGUUUCUCAACUUACAAACAGAAUGGAACUUGCAGGGUAUGAUGUUGACUCAAUGCUUCGAUUUAGGCUUUUGAAACGUCUUAGACAUAGAAAAAGCGGGGUCAUGAUAGGUACUUAGGUAAUGAAAUGAUAUACAUAAAGGGUUAUUUUACAUCAGGGUUUUGUGGAGAAGAGAAAUGAGUUUUGAUUCAGUCUGUCUUUAGCUUGACAUUCCAUUAGAGUAGACGAAUCUCUGGAACUAGAAGCUGAAGGGAAAAAUGACAAAGACCAAGUGUGAAGUGUAGGGGCAGGUUAUAAGGGGAAAAAUGGUGAUACGUAAAUGCUUUGUAUGCAUUAUUAUUCAUAGAGUUGUUCUUGGAAGUUUUCAUUGUUGUACACUGAUUUGCUUUGUAAUGUUGUUUAAAUCUCUUUUUGAAAUAAAACACUAAACAUGUCAGAAUCGGUGUGUUUA